AUGUAAAAUAUGGAUUUAGAUUUUGAGUAGUUCUAGCGAUAUAUACAAUCGGAGAAUACUCAAUAAUAGAAGCAUGAUUAAAAAGGCAAUGAAAAAGAUAGGGAUCGUGGACAUGAUAAAAACAAAGAUAAACAUUACAAAGAUAAUAAUAGGGAAAGAGAGAGAGAAAGGGAGAGAGACAAGGACAAAGAUAGAGAGAGGGAUAAAAGUGCUGAGAAGAAGAAGAAAAAGAAGGAUGAAAAAAAAGAUAAAAAAAAAAGAUCAAGGUCUGCCUCAAGAUCUUCAAAGAAAAAAAAAAGCAAAAAGGACAAGGAAAGAGAAAAAGAUAAAGAUAAGGAUAACUAAUAAUAAGUUAUCACUUCGCAAUUGCUUAUGACAAGUGACAUACAAAAAAAGAGGGAGAUUGCAAAACAAAGAAAAAUAGAAAUUAUGGAGGCAGAAAUCAGAGAAUUGGAGAGAAAGAUUGUAGAGGUGGAAAGAGAAUUAGAAGAAGCACAUAGAUAAGAUUUAACAGUACUCAUGUAUUGUUUGCCACUGAAAGCAAAAGAAAAACACAUCUAUUAGUUCUUUUAAACAUUCAAUUGUGGUAAAAUUAGGGAUAUUAGAAUUAUUAGAGAUUAGAAAUCCGGAAGAUCCAGAGGAGUGGCUUAUGUGGAAUUUUAUUAAGAAGAAUCUAUACCUAUGGCAUUAGCACUAAAUGAUCGUUUAUUUAUUAUGGAUGGAUAAUAAGUAGGAACUAUUCCUGUUAAAAUACAAUUAAGUUAAGCAGAAAAAAACAGAGCUGCAAGAGAUUAGAAAAAUAUGCAAAUUAAAUAAAAUAAAUUGCAAAACAUCUAAGAUUUACAAAAUAUGAAUGGACCAGCAAGAGUAUAAAUCACAGGCAUGGCAGAAUAAUUAUAAAGAAUUAAUGAAGAAGAUAUCAGAGAAGCCUUUGUUCCAUUUGGAACAAUAGAAACAGUAGAAAUUCCAAAGGAUGAGUCAGGUAGAAUGACAGGAGUUUUAUACGUUACUUAUGAGAAAGCUGAGUCAGCAAGGAAUAUGAUAGAAGUAAUAAAUAAUUAGCCAUUUUUAUUAAAUGGAAAACCAAUUAAAGUUUAAUUAGUCUCUGGUGCCAAUAAUUAUAUGGAUUUAUAAUUAGAUGAUGAUCUAGUUUAAAAUCCAGUCAUGAGAAUAACAUUGAUGAAAAAGUUAAUGGAUGAUAGUCUUAUCGAUAAUAUAAACUUACCUCCUUUAAUGACACAAUUAGGACUAACCGUUUAAAGAAUUUUGAAUAUAAUCUAAUCUCCUAAUCCGACAUUAGGUUGUAUUUCUGGAUGGAUGCCUCUUAAACACAAUCCUCCAGCCUGUCCUUGCACUACAAAGGUUAUUGUCUUAACAAAUAUGUGGACAGAUCUUGAGAUUUCCAAUUAGGCUGCAAUUGUUGAAUUAAAAGAAGAAGUAGAAAAUGAAUGUAAGAAAUAUGGAGAUGUAGAGAUGGUUUGGGUUGACAAAAAAAAUGAAGGUAAUGUAAUCAUUGUUUUUAAAUAAUGGGAGGCGGCUAAAUAAGUAAAUGUUUUAAUGAACAACAGAAAAUUUGGAAAUAAAAUAGUGUAAAGCUAUUUCAUAACAGAGAGUCAAUUCAUGAGCAUCAUUAAAUGA